AUGGAAUGGACACCCGCAACGUUGGCGGCAGUUCCGGCAGCAGGAGCAUCCGCGGAAGCAUCGGGAGCGGCGCUGGUGGCGGCAUCCCCGCCGGGUGGGUUCCGUCGCCCGGCACUGACUCCGCUCAUUACCCCCCCAAAGGCGGCGACGGCGGCGUCUCAUCGUCCCCCUUCCCCCCUCACCAGCGGCGGCUGCCGCGAGUUUUCCGCCACCUCUGCCGCUGGCUCGGCACCGAGCCAUUAUGGGGCUGGUUCGGGGGGGCCGAGCCCCUCUGGCUCGGGACCCAGCCUUGUAGGCUCGGCACCCAGCCCCAGAGGUUCGGGCCCCAGUCCUGCAGUAUCCACCGCCGCAUCACACGCAGAGGCAGAAGCAGGGGCAGUGCUGUGUCCUUCUGAAACCGCUUUAUGUCCUCUCUCCUAUCCUCUUACUAACCUUUCCGCUCCUCUCUUCUCCUCUUGCCUUCGCAUUGCAGAACUGCACACCGUGCCAACAGACCACGACAGCGGUAGCAACCCUGGCACCUCCGGGCGGCGGAGCGGUGGCAGUGCUGGCUCCUCCGGGCGGCAGAGCGGGCGGCAGCGUGGCAGCAGUGGCGGGGUCAGCGGGCGGCAGAGGUACCAGUGGCUCCCGGUUGACUUGCCAGACGACGGGUACGACUGGUGCAAAUACGGACAAAAACCGCUAGUGGUGGAUUCCUGCUGUAUCCGCUCCUACUACCGCUGCUUUCUCGGCGACCCCCGCCAGGUCAGCUUGCAUCCUGACCGAGAACCCUGCCCGGCAAAAAAAAUUGUUGACUGGAGGAUCACACCGGGUGUUAUCAGCAGCGCAGCUUCCUACGCGUCUACUAGUGGACGGUUGGAAUCAGGAGCAGUAGCUGAAGCGGACCAGCCUUCUGCUGCUGGUUGCACCACUCUCCUCCCAUCUGCUAACUCUACCCCUACUGGUGCUGAUACUGCCGCUGCUGUCACUGGAGUCGCCCCUACUGCCCCUAUCUCCCCUAUGAUCAACUACCUUAACGAGCAUAACCAUGAGGCACCGAAUCCCCCUCACUCCCGCCCGCCCAUCUCCCAGCGCUUGCAUAUCCCCCUUAGACGCCUCCCCGCUUCCGUUACAGGCUUGCUGAUUCCUGGGAAUGCUACACAAGGCUUGGAUAUGGCUCAGGAAUUACCUCCGACUGAAAACGACCCUGUGGGAGAUUGGGUGCAGAAGAGGGAGGCUCGUGUAUCGGACGGUUGUGGUGGUAACCAUGUUACAGUCAAAAGUGAGGGUGUGAGCAUGGGAGGAUCCACAAUGGGAGCGGGAGCAGGGGGGACUUGUCAACCUUCAGGUUUUGGUGUGGGUUGUGUGGGUAGUGUGGGUGGUGUGGGUGGUGUGGGUGGUGUGGGUGGUGUGGGUGGUGUGGGUGGUGUGGGUGGUGUGGGUGGUGUGGGUGGUGUGGGUGGUGUGGGUGGUGUGGGUGGUGUGGGUGGUGUGGGUGGUAUGGGUGGUGUGGGUGGUGUGGGUGGUGUGGGUGGUGUGGGUGGUAUGGGUGGUAUGGGUGGUGUGGGUGGUGUGGGUGGUGUGGAUGGUGUGGGUGGUGUGGGUGGUAUGGGUGCUGGUCAGAUGGAUGGACAGGGGGAGCUGGUGGGAGGAGGGAUGUUUACAGCAAAUCUGGCCCUUUUGAGAGGAAAAGAGUCAGUGCAGCAGCAGCAGUGUUGGAUAGCAGGGAGUGAUGUGGCAAUGGGAGGCAUGUCAUUGCCUUUGGUGGACACAUGGCAGCAGCAGCAACAGCAGCAACAGCAGCAGCAGCAGCAGCAGCAGCAGCAGCAGCAGCAGCAGCAGCAGCAGCAGCAGCAGCAGCAGCAGCAGCAGCAGCAGCAGCAGCAGCAGCAGCAGCAGCAGCAGCAGCAGCAGCAGCAGCAGCAGCAGCAGCAGCAGCAGCAGCAGCAGAAGAAGAAGAAGAAGAAAAGGGAGAAGGAAGAAUUGUCAAUCUCAGCACUGCCAGCAGGCCUUCAGACGUCCCAGAGCGCAUUUCCAGCAGUAGCGACAGGAGCAGAGGUAGAAUCAGGAUUUGGCAUGGCAUGCCCUUUUGAAACCACCUCCAAAGAAGCAGCAGCGGCAGCAGCAUUGGCAGCAGCAGCGGUGGCAGGAGAGAAGGUAGAAUCAGGAAUUGGAUUUGAGAUGGAGUGUGCGGGAGCUGCGGCAUUGCGGUCUCAGUCUCUCUUAGAUCAAUACCUGGAGCGACAGCAGCAGGAGCAGCCUUUCGAGUCGACUCAGAAGAAACAGAAGGAGGAGCAGCAGCAAGCACGGCACUCUUCACUGUGUUUCCCUGUGCUGUCAUCCUCAUCAGCCUUUGCAUCUCCCACCUUCUCUCCCUGCCUCCUCCCCUCUACCACUCUCCCCUCUAUCGCUCUCCCUUCUUCUGCUCUCUCCUCUAGCGCUAUAUCUGACUCUGUUACCCGCAUGCUCAGCCAGGUAACACCUUCCCCAGUCGCCCCUUCCCAGGCUGCCUCCUCACACGCCCUAUCCUCGUUAUUAACAGCUUCAGAUGCUGGCGACCAGACUCCAUCCAUUCCAUCCGGCUCCAUUCCCUCUUCUUCUCCCCAACUUCCACUGCUUUCGAACCUCCAACUCCUAUCCCCCACUGCAAACGCCCAAGCCUUCGCCUUUCCCUCACCCUCCCACUCCCACUCCCCCUCCCCCUCUCCCUCUCCCUCCCCCGGGCCGACCUCGCCUCUAGAGCCAUCCUCCCCUGCCACUAUCGCUGCUGCCUUCCCCUCGACCACCCCCGCUGCAGCUUUCCCCUCCACCAGCCAAGCACACACCCUCUUACCCCCUUCGUCCAACACCCGCCUCACUCCCGCCUUUUCCCUUCCUGCUAAGACCCAUCCGCUCCCCGCAAUCCCCAUGUUACCUCAGAGCCGCAGCUCUCCUGCAGCUCCCUCCACAAUCUGCAGCAGCAGCACCCGCACAUGUCCGGCAGGAAUUCAAGGAGGCUUGGCAGGAAGUUCGGCAGGAGGUUCGGCAGGAAUUCGUGGCACAGCAGCAGCAACUGUGCGUGUGCAGCGAGCGCAGGAUCUGGGGGUUACAGAUGCUCCUUUGAGCUUGCUGCUGCUCGGCCGACGCAAGCAGCAGCAGCAGCAGCAGCAGCAGCAGCAGCAGCAGCAGCAGCAGCAGCAGCAGCAGCAGCAGCAGCAGCAGCAGCAGCAGCAGCAGCAGCAGCAGCAGCAGCAGCAGCAGCAGCAGCAGCAGCAGCAGCAGCAGCAGCAGCAGCAGCAGCAGCAGCAUUGGUGGGAUGCGUUUGUCGAUGCUGCUCCCCUCACACAACUGAUGCCCCUGACAAUGCAGAGUGAGGGCGAGGGUGAGGCCAUGGAAAUGGAUAGCCACCCGUCACAAGAGACAAAGGAUGCGCAGCAGCACUGA